AUGGGAAACUGUUUGUCAGGCGGCUCCCAGCCAUCCCGCGAGAACGGGUCUCCUGCCAGCCCCGCAAAACCCGCGACUCCUGCAGAACCCGCGGCAGCGCCGAGCGUACAGAAGGCGGAGUCUGCAGUUGAGCAAAAGAAAGAAGAGACGACUGAAAAACCCGCUGAAGAGGCCUCAGCUUCGGCAGCAACCGAGCCCGCCGCAGCUGAAGCCGCUGAAGCUCCCGCAGCGACUACGGAAGCCGCAGGCGGCGAGAAUGCUGAAGAAGCAAAGCCGUCUGAACCGGCGGCGGAACCCGCGAAACUUGACGUGGCUAUCUCCGGGCCUCCCCCUCUGAAGGCUCCUCCGCCUCGCCCCCAGGCAACUCUUCAGUCAAAGAAGAGCGAAACGGCUGUCCAAGCUUAA